CGGCUUGUCCGCGCGAUUUCCUGCCUCUCGGCUUUCGGCUCGGAGGAGGCCAAGGUGCAACUUUCUUCGGUCGUCCCGAAUCCGGGUUCAUCCGACACUAGCCGCCUCCAUCAUGCCGCCGAAGUUCGACCCCAACGAGAUCAAAGUCGUAUACCUGAGGUGCACCGGAGGUGAAGUCGGUGCCACUUCUGCCCUGGCCCCCAAGAUCGGCCCCCUGGGUCUGUCUCCAAAAAAGGUUGGUGAUGACAUUGCCAAGGCAACAGGUGACUGGAAGGGCCUGAGGAUUACAGUGAAACUGACCAUUCAGAACAGACAGGCCCAGAUUGAGGUGGUGCCUUCUGCCUCUGCCCUGAUCAUCAAAGCCCUCAAGGAACCACCAAGAGACAGAAAGAAACAGAAAAACAUUAAACACAGUGGGAAUAUCACUUUUGAUGAGAUCGUCAACAUUGCUCGACAGAUGCGGCACCGAUCCUUAGCCAGAGAACUCUCUGGAACCAUUAAAGAGAUCUUGGGGACUGCCCAGUCUGUGGGCUGUAAUGUUGAUGGCCGCCACCCUCAUGACAUCAUAGAUGACAUCAACAGUGGUGCUGUGGAAUGCCCAGCCGUAAGUGACAUUUUCAUUGUUACAAUAGGGGUGAAAGGGGGGCCACCCAGUGUAUUCACAGAGAUAAGCUGGGAAGUUUUGGAAAUGGUUACUGGUGGGGUGGGAUAAUCCUUUUAAACUUUUCCUUUUACUGAUUUUUUUUUUUUCUUUCCCACAGAGUUAAGCACAAAGGAAAAUAUUUAAAUAAAGGAUCGUUUGACAACUGGUGGA